AUGCUUUUCUCUGGGAUACUCUUGGUGAUGGGAAUCGGCGUCACAGCUGAAAAAGUGUCGGUAGGAUAUACGCCUCACCUCACUUCCAAGGACCUGGCCGCGAAGAUCACUUCCUCCACCUUCACUUUGGAACAACCUCGCUGCGUCUUCAACAAGUUUGUCGAUGCCACUGAUGAGAUAUGGCUGCUGGUCGCCCGCAGCAAUGCGGCAGAAAGCUGCGCUGUCCUCAGAUCCCCGGAGGAGCUGCCCUAUCAGUCGUUCGAGAACAAUUCCUGUUACAUGACUCUGGGCACUGCCCCAGCCAACUACCCCUGCCCAGCGGAAGAAAGCAGCAAGCUCACUGUCUUGCAAGUGGGGAACGAAGUCGGCUGCAAGACGGAUCCCGCCAGGCCAGAUUGCAAUGGCCCCCUGCCUGAGCCAGGACCCUACAGAGUGAAGUUUCUGGCCUUUAAUUCUGGAGGCCCCACAGCAGAGUCGAGAUGGUCGGAUCCCAUUACGCUGAUCCAAGGGAAGGAUCCCGAGACAAUCGACACAUCCCCUGAGCGGCGGAGCGCAGGAAUGAUUGCCAUUGCCACUAUCCUCUCCAUCCUCUCUGCCAUCCUGCUGGCUGCCCUCAUUGCUGCCUUGGUCUAUAAAUAUUCGGACGUCUGCGGCAGCGCCGAGAUUGUCACCGUGAGGGAUCCAGCGACAAUCACCCGCUACACAACCCACCAUAUAUAUGACCAGCCUGGCCGAAACUUGUGAGGCCCUCUGUUUCGGGACGAUCUGUCGACGGUAUCCAUCUUCCCUUUCCCCUCCCGCUGUGGCUGCCUCAAUCCCUUAGACUCUCUCAAGGAGCUCAGCUGAGACAUUUGGCCUUUGGACAUACAUCCCAUUCCUGAGUCCCUCUUGGAGGAGCUCAGAGGAGUUGGCGGAGUGGAGGGAAGAGGAAAAACUGAGCGAUCAUCUGUGAAUUACGCACUUGGGGAUGUUUUCUUCCCUGAAGAUGGAUUUUGGCGGCACCUUCUGCCUAAGGGAGAACCCGAUGCGACAGUGGUUGUGUCUUAACACAUUGAAAUAAUUCUGUAUGUAAACAGCAGCAGAUUUACGCUGUUCCCAAUGAACGAAUAAGUAUCCACCAUCUGGGGGCAGCCUCAUUUUAAAAGAUGGGGGGCGGGGAGAGAGCUUUCGGGGUUGUUGUUUUUCCAAUUCAGCAUCAUAGAUGUGGUGGUUGCGGGCAGAGUAUACCAAAGAUACAGAAGAAGAGAAGCUUCAGGGCCGGGGUGUCCCUCAAUUAAAGACGUCUUUGUUUGAUAAAUGGGAUGGUUUGUUUGAACCUGAAAGGAAUAUCUCACAGGAGAAAAGGGACGCACACCUUGUUUUCAGGCAUCUGUGGGAGCAACAGGCAUCUUCUUAAAAGAGGCUUUUGAGUGCCUCUUAGAAGAUGGUGCCUGUCGGCUGGGAAGUCUGGCGGUACUGUUAUUAAAAUAUAAUCUAUAUCGUUUUAACCUGCUGUUGCCUAGUUAAUCGGGGGCAGGCACCAUUCAAAGCUGUGGAAUGGAGAAAUCAACGCAACCAAGGGUGUGGACUUCCAGGUAUGGUUGGACUACAACUCCCAUCCAGGGGCGGCCCGGCCCGUUUCACCGCCUGAGGCAAAACAGGAAGGUGCAGUGAGAAUGAGGGCCCUCAUUGUCCUUAGAAUCGUAGAGUUGGAAGGGACCCUGCAGAUCAUUUAGUCCAACCCCCUUCAAUACAGGAAUAGCCAGCUGUCCCGUACAGGGAUUGAACCUGCAACCUUGGCGUUAUCAGCACCACACUCUUACCAUCUGAGCUACCCAGGUCUUUACAGAGUCCAAGAGCAUCUGAAGGACUACAGAUUAGGCGCUCCUGGACGACACAUUAUAAUCCUACACUUGGAAAACACCACACCAUCAAAUGGCCACCUUUCCCACAAUCAAACAAGCCCAAAAGUCAAAAUAAUCAACCCAUCCUUUUGGGGAUUCCUCUACCGCUUGGGCCAGGCAGGUGAUUCCAAAAUAGAGGGGUCUUUCUUUGGCGUCACACUUACAAUUCUCCCUCCGCCUCUACAAUCAUUGUGUUGUCGUUUUUUGCAGAACAUGCUAAGAUCAUCCUAUUUACGGAAGCAGAAAGGCAACCGGUGUGUGUGUGUGUGUGUGUGUGUGUGUGUGUGUAUUUCAACCUAAUGGGUGGCAAAUCCCCAACUGCAGAGCCUAAUUUCCUGACCCACCCCAAAACACUUAUUUUUCUUCCUGAUUCCCUAAUUUGGCAGCAACAGAAAGGAGAAGUGGACUCAGUACUGGCGUAGGCGGAGACAAUUUAGGAAGGGGGAAGAUAUAGCCACACCCACUUGGGGCCACACCCACCACUGGCAUACGGCCCCCGGGGCAGUUGGCCAAGACUGCAUGUGGCCCUCGGGUCAAGGAAGGAUAGUUGCUUCUCCCGUAACCGACCCAUUAAGUAUCGUUUAACUGAAAGCAAACCGUGAUUUCUUCUUAAAAGACAACAGUGUGAGCAUUCAUUCGUAUGCACAGUAGAACUAUUACCAAUUCAUUCUGCACAUUUUCCGUUCUUUGAUCUGUUCCAUCCUAUUUCUGUAUCAAAUGGCUUUUUAAAAUAAAAGAAAAGCACAGGUGUUUUUUCAUUAAA